UUGCAGAUUUUACUUGGGCCGUGGUAGCCUUGGGGAGGGGAUCCUUCAUGGAGGGGAUCCUCCCCAGGAGGGGACCUUCCCUUCGAGCAAGCGGAGAUCCUCCCGUGGAGGGGAUCCCCCGUAGUCCAGCCCCGGCGCGGCGGCCUCUCCUUUUCGGGUCACGCGUUUUCUUGGUUCCGGCGACGGAGGAGGGCAGGACAUAGGGGGAGGAGCGCGCCUGGAUGAGCUGCUUCUCCUGCUUCAGCCCUACCGUCGAGGCAGAGGUCGGCAAGCCAGGGCCGGACGCAAAGGACGUGCGAGGCAAGGAUGGCGCCGCCCCAGAUCGCGCCGGAUCAGGCUCGCGGUGAAGAAGAGCAAGGCCGAGAAGGAGUCCAACAGGCCCAAGCGCCCCCGAGCGCCUUCUUCGUCUUUAUGUGAGUUCCCAGGCUCGGCUCGUCGUUGCUCAUGGUUCAAUUCGCCUUGUUUUCCUGUGGUGUGGUGUGGCGUCGCAUCCUGACCGAGGAUUUGCUCAUGAAUGAAAGCAUAAAUGGCCAUUACGAAAAUGCAUCCUUCAUGUGUGCUACAUCUCCGGACCUGGUGAUUGAGGACAACUCGAUUGAUCUCAUAUUUUCAAACUGGCUACUGAUGUAUCUUUCAGACGAGGAGGUUGACAAGUUGUGGCAUCUCGAGAAUGUCUCAAAGGAGAGUGGAAUGAAGUCCAUUGUAAUGUUGGGAUAGUAGCAGAUGUGCCAUUGUUUUAUUGUGCAAUUCUGUGCGUUCUUGCUAUAUUUAUGUGUAAGGAAAUGUAUUCAUGAGAUGAGUUAUUGUAUUAUGUAAACCUGGGAGAUGUAUUAUGUGAUGUUA